AUGCCGAACUGGAAUGCAGACGACCUUGUCGCACCGGAGUGGCUCAACAAUGGAGACAACGCCUGGCAACUGACGGCUGCAACCCUCGUGGGCUUGCAGUCGGUUCCGGGCCUGAUGAUCAUGUACGCCGGCUUGGUGAAGAAGAAAUGGGCGAUCAACGCCGCCUUCAUGGUCCUGUAUGCCUUUGCAGCUGUCCUGAUCUGCUGGGUGGUAUGGGCCUAUAAGGCGUCGUUCGGCGAGCAGAUGUUGCCUUUUGUCGGGGUCCCUGGUCCGGCAGUCGCGAUGAAUUAUGAAUUGAAACAGGCCGUAUUGCCCGCCGCCGGGUUAACCGCCGCGUAUCCCAUGAGCACAAUGGUGUAUUUCCAGUUCGUCUUUGCAGCAAUCACCGUGGUCCUCAUUGCAGGUGCUGGCCUAGCAAGGAUGAACUUCCUCGCCUGGAUGGCAUUUGUGCCAUUGUGGAUCACGCUCAGCUACACCGUGGGAGCAUUCAGUAUUUGGGGAGGCGGCUUCCUGUAUCAAAUGGGCGUUCUGGACUAUUCGGGCGGAUAUGUCAUCCAUGUCUCGUCUGGCACCGCCGGGUUCGUCAUGGCCUACUGGGUUGGGCCGCGGCACCCUCGUGAUCGCACCGAUUUCUAUCCCAACAACGUCCUACUUGCACUUGCUGGUGUAGGACUUCUCUGGCUGGGCUGGAACGGCUUCAACGGUGGUGACCCAUACACUGCGUCUCCAGAUGCAGGUGCUGCUGUGCUUAAUACCAACAUUUGCACGGCGAUGAGCAUGUUGACAUGGACGGUCUUGGACUUGAUUUUCUUCAAGAAGCCAGCGGUAAUCGGGGCUGUUCAAGGUAUUAUAACCGGCCUUGUCGCCAUCACGCCGGCGGCAGGCUUUGUGGCAGGCUGGGGUGCGGUCAUCAUCGGGCUUUGCUCCGGGACCAUUCCCUGGAUGUCCAUGAAUAUUCUCGGCAAGCAGAGAUGGUUUCUGGAAUUCAGCGACGAUGUCGUCGGAGACUUCCACACGCAUUUGGUGGGCGGCAUCGUCGGCGGUUUCUUGACCGGCUUGUUUGCAACAAGUGAAGGCACCGCGGCCUUUGCCCUGGCGCCAACCGGCGGUGCCAUUGAUGGUAAUGGCCGUCAAGUUUGGGUGCAGAUUGUCGGAUUCCUCUUCAUCAUUGGCUGGAAUAUCUUCUGGACCAGUGCCAUCUGUUUGUUCAUCAAAUAUGUCCUGAGGAUCCCUCUAAGAUAUAACGAAGAACAGCUGCUUAUCGGCGACGGCGAGGUCCAUGGCGAGCUCCCGUAUGCAAUUUUCCACGAUGGCCUCCACGAGUUUUCGGCGACAUACAGCCGGCCGAACAGACAUGCCGAUGAGGAACAGGGAGCUGUCCUGGAGGGACAGGAGGGCCCACACGAAAUCAAUAGUGACGAUGGAAACCACGGUGCAAAGGAAGCCGGUGCUUCAAAAUCAACCAAGCAAGCGUGA